AUGCACCUAGACGUUGUUCCCAACCUCCACAACGCUGGAUCCACCAUCCCCGACCUCCUCGGCGAUGGAUCUACCCCUCCCAAGGGCGCCGCCGGUGGAUCCGCUCCUCCCAUGGCCUCUAGCCGUAGAUCCGGCAUCACCGUCCCCAACCUCCUCGGCAGAGGAUCUGCCCCUCCCAAGACCGUUGCCGGUGGAUCCGCCCCUCUCAUGGUCUCUAGCGGUAGACCCGGCAUCACCAUCCUUGACCUCCUCGGUGGCGGAUCCGCCCCUCCCGAGGCUGCCGUCGAUGGAUCUGCCCCUCCCAUGGCCUCUAGCGGUAGAUCCGGCAUCACCGUGCCCGACCUCCUCGGCAGCAGAUCGGCCCCUCCCAUAGCCUCUAGUGCUAGAUCCGACAUCACCGUCCCCGACCUCCUCGGUGGCAGAUCCGCCUCUCCCAAGGCCCCCGCCGGUGGAUGCCUUCCCAUGGCCUCUAGCGGUAGAUCCGGCAUCACCGUCCCCGACCUCCUCGGCCGCGGAUCCGCCCCUCCCAAGGCCGCCGCCAAUGGAUCCGCACCUCCUAUUGCCUCUAGCGGCAAAUCCACUACUCCCAUGGCCGCCACCGCCCAAGCCUGCCGCUGUUGCAGCCCAAAGCCAGUCACCUCCACCUCGACCACCCGAAGCGGUUGCUGCUAUGUAUGGGGAGAGGCAAAGGGAAGGUGGAGUGGCGAAGUAGAGGAAAAGCCACCAGGAGAGAGGGAGGCGAUGGGAGAAUGGGAGAAGUCGGAGUAA